AUGGCGCAGCUCAAACUGAUGCUGCUCUUAUUGCACGCCGGCCGCGUGUAUGGACUUCCUGUUACAGGCAUGAGGGUGAGUCUUGAGUGCGACAAUGAUUUCAUGUUCACCAUCAACUGCUCCCUGAACCUCACAUCAGCACAAGACGGCCCCCGCUGGCUGACUUUUGAGAAGAAAUACGCAAACAGGGAAUACGAAUGCACGCUGUCAAACGCCAGCGGAGGCCGCCGCUCGUGUUCCGUGACAACCGCCACGACCACGCCGGAGGAUUCUUCUCCUGUGAAGACAUUUGUGGAUUACGACCUGUUUCAGAUCUCGCUGUGCGGAGAAAAACGAAGCGAUGGCGCUGACAGGGGCUGCCAGAUGCUGGACGACAGCUACAAACCAGCGGCACACAUUAAACCGAACGCACCGUGCUGCCUCGCGGUCAGCCACAACUCCAGCCGUCGCCACUUCACCUGGAACAACACCUACGAGGAAAUUCUCUUCUCCACCCUGAAGGAAAACCUCAAAUAUCAACUCUGUUUCUACAAACGAUGGGACAGACACGGCGUGAGAGUCCAUUCCAUCAACACAGACGAUAGGGAAUAUUCCGUGGCUGACAGCGACCUUGAGAUGGACACGGAAUAUUGUACCAAAGUGAGGUCCGCGCCCAGAGCGGCUCCCUUUCAGGGCAAAUGGAGUGACUGGUCACAAGAGGUUCACUGGAGAACCGACUGGGCCAACGAUGAUGGCUUCCUUUCCAAAAAUGCCCAAAAAGUCUUCCUAGCUUCAGGUGUGACGGCCGCACUCGUCCUGAUUUUGUGCUGCGCUUCACUAAUAAGGUGGAGGCAAGGUGCCUUCGUCCCCACUCCAGCGCCAUACUUCCAGAGUCUAUACGGCGAGUGCCAUGGGGAUUUUAAGAGCUGGGUGGACACGCCAGCAAACAUGACCAUCACGCUCAAGCCCGAGGAAACGCUCCAAGUGGACAGCCACGAGGAAGAGAGUCCAGCGCGGGACCAUCAAGCAGGGCUGGAGUACAAAAACACGAGUCGGCCAGUACGCAAAGCUCCUCCGGCGAGAAGCAUCGCGUCGAGCGUCGGUUUACCGCCGAGUGAGGAGAAGGCGCAAUGCGGGCCCAGCGGCGUUCCUCUCAUCCAGAGGGAAGCUCCCCGCUACUGCCACGAAUACUGCACACUGAGCGUCUCGCAGCAGCCCGAGCCCACCACGGGCAAAGUCGCGAGCGUUGCCGUGAAACACACUGGGAGGUCAGAAUACCAUUAA